GGAAGGGAUAUAAGACUACGACUGCACGGCUUUGUAUCGUCAGACCGUGCAGAAUAUCGUUCGUAGCCGAGUUAAAAGGGAAAGAGAGGAACCUUGUCGACUACUUAUUUUACUUCACGUCGAAUCGUUAGUCAGUGGAGUGUACCCGGUUAGUUGUUUCCUCUCGGUGGUCAUCGCACGUUCUUCGGAUCGCUCGCCUCGAACAACCCGCUGCGAUCGUCUUCCAGACCUUGCCACGAGAUUCCGACUUUUCUCCCUGGUUACGUCCGAAAAACCGGUAUACGACCUUCGAACAACCUAAGGACUUGUCGUUAGGCACAGGUUCAUCGACAGAAACCGCCAACCGAGGGUGAUACUGAAAUCGGAGGCAUCGUCGACGAAGAAGGUUCUUCACUGGACAAGUUUCUCUACUGACGUUCGUUGCGGAGACUGCCGAGGACAAUGUCGGGUAUCGUGGAGUGGUACAAAGACAUCGUGUACAACACAACCGAUCCGAGGACCCAGGAUUGGUUUCUCGUGACGGGACCCGGACCACUGUUAAUGAUCAUCGUCACCUAUAUUUACUUCAGCGUUUCUGCCGGGCCGAGGUACAUGAGGGACAAGAAACCGUACCAAUUGAGGAACGUUAUGAUCGCGUACAAUUUCAUACAAGUGCUGCUGAGCAUAUAUCUCGUUAGGGAGGGGUUGCUGGGGGGAUGGGGCGGACAGUACAGCUUCCGGUGUCAGCCUGUCGACUAUUCGAACAGUCCACAGGCUCUUAGGAUGGCUCGAGCCGUGCAUAGUUACUACCUGUGCAAGCUAGUCGAGCUGUUGGACACGGUGUUCUUCGUCCUCCGGAAGAAGCAGCGUCAGAUCAGCUUCUUGCACGUGUACCACCACGCCCUAAUGCCAUUCUGCAGUUGGGUAGGCAUCCGCUACGUACCGGGUGGUCAUUCUACCCUGUUAGGUGUAAUCAAUUCUUUCAUCCACAUCAUCAUGUACUCCUACUACAUGCUCACCUCGAUCGGACCACACAUGUACAAGUACGUCUGGUGGAAGAAGUACUUGACGACUCUGCAGCUGAUCCAGUUCAGCAUCAUCUUAGUGCACAACCUUCAAUUAUUCUUCAUCGACUGCAACUACCCGAAAAUAAUCGCGUUUCUACUAAGUCUGAACUCGAUCAUCUUCAUUUACAUGUUUGGCAAGUUCUACAUCACCAACUAUACCAAAAAUCGAAGUAUAAACGAGAAGUCGUGUACGAACGGCGCGAUAAAGAACAAGAAUGAAUGAAUACUGUAUAGAAGAAUGGUUCAUCGUGGACUGUGCAUGUUCAUUUAGUUAAUGUAAGCUGUUCAGAAUGGAAGGUCUGUCGAGCGUUUGACGAAUGUUCAGUUUGUGAGCACGAUACCUACUGGAACACUUCGGGAGAAGGCGGAUGCUAGGUUUUACAUACAAUUUUUUAGCUCUUUUACAGGUUUAUAUAGUAAGACACCAGAGUUGGUUCAUUUUACGAAUUGGGUCUCUCCGCGAGAGAUGAAUUAAAGUUUCCCAAGUUUGGGAACUUGGACACAAAUGUGUAAUUAGCUUUCCAAGUAUAAGGUUAUCCAAAUUCUCUUAUUUCUAAAUGUACAAGUUCCCAGGUUUCCAAGUUCUCGAAUGUCCAAGUUCCCAAAUUUGUAAAUAACCUAAUUGCCAAUUCUUAAAUUCCCAAGUUCGAAAGGACGUAAGUAUCCAA